UAACCGCGCUGUCGCUGCGCGCGCGCACACUUGCUCUACUCUCUCACUGCUGUGCUAUCGAUUUCCCGCCCUUUAGUUUUGACCGGCGCGCGAGUUUCCCGCGAGUGAGACGUCGCAGUAAUACACAAUGAGCAGCAGCGAAUUCAAGAUAGAGCGCAACGUGGAGUUGUCGCCGGAGACGAAAGAAAUCGCUGAACAGGAGUUACGAGAGACGCCGGAGCGAGUUCGCGAGGCGUUGGAACGUCUCAGAGAACUGCUGAAGGAGAAUAAGGAUAUCUACUUCGGAGAUGAUGACGAACUAUUGACAAUCUUUCUACGACCUUGCAAAUGGUAUCCGGAAAGCGCUUUAGCACUCAUGCGGCGUAUUGCUGAGUUCAAACGCGACAAUGCGAGCCUUCUAAAUGGUUUGGUGCCUGAACACGAGAAAGAGGCCUUCCUUGAACAUAAAGUGGUGAAUGUAAUGAAGGGACGCGACCAAAAAGGAAGGAGGUUGCUAAUUGUUAACGUUGGAGGAUCAUGGAACCCGAAGAAAGUGAAUGCAGACCAGCUGUUCAAAUUGUUCUAUCUGAUCCACCUUGCCGCCAUGUUGGAGCCGGAGUCUCAAGUCAGAGGGACGGUCGUCUUGAUGGACUUCUACAACAUGGGCUGGUCACAGACAAUGGGCCUGACCCCAUCCUUCUCGAAGCGUCUCCUCACCUUUAUCCAGGACGCGAUGCCGCUUAGGCUGAAGGAAGUGCACUUUGUCAAGCAACCUAGGAUCUUUGACGUCGUCUGGAGAAUGUUCAAACCUUUCAUCAGGGAUAAGCUAAGGAAUAGAAUCUACUUCCACGGCUCGGAUAUGUCGUCUCUCCAUAAGCACUUAUCGCCGAGCCAUCUGCCGGCGGACUAUGAUGGCCAGUUGCCUGCCAUAGACUAUUCCGGCGCAGACUGGUACCCCGUCAUCCAGCACGUCAUGCCUCACAUAGACAAUUGGAACACGUACGGAUUCGUCAAGAAACCAUAGACUUAGAAUCAUUGUCUUUUUAAUUUGCAGACGGAAAUAUUGUCUGUAGUAAUUUUACUAUGCACAAAGUAUAAUUUUAAAAAAUAUUGUUUACUACGACUACCCAUACCCAUACCCAUCAACAGGUUAACAAAAAAAAUGAAUUAUAUAGUUGUUUUUUUCUUUUCGAUUUGGCAAUUUAGGUUCUGGAAUAUGAUAUUUAGUCGAAAGAAAUUGGAUUAUUUUAUUAGUUAAACUAAAUUUCGUGUUGCAUCUAGGUUUUCAAUUUAAACUUAUUAUUAAGCCAACUAGUACGAGUGUUUCCCGAUGGGCCCAUUGUCCCAGCGAUCUUAAUUGGGAUUUUUCCCCCAUCGCUGGGUUAAUCGGCCCAAUGGGAAACGCCCUUAAUUACGCUCAAUCGCAAAGAUGUAAUCAUAACAAAGUUCAAACAAUAUGCUUUUUAAUGAUAUUUAUAUAAAAUCUACAAUGUAUUGUCAAAAGUAAUAGUUCCUAAUAGCUAUUGGACAACUAAUUUUUUUUUUAAAUUCUAAUAGUAGUUUUGUAGAUUAAUAUUUCACUAUUCUAAAGCAUGCAACCAAAAACUUAGGUAUAACAAUACGUUUUAGCAGUUUCAUUAAAAUUUUAACGAUAUCAUUAAAAUGAUAAUGAUGGUUUCAUUAAAAUAAAGAAAACGAUUUUUUUUUUGUGUUCGAAUCUUAGGGGUAUCAUGACAGAUGCUUUUAAUCAUUUAGUAAAUAUAUAGCUUUUGGGUAUAUUUAUUUUUUAUUAGAUUAGUUUUUUUUUAAACUUGAAUAUGUAGUGAAGCGUAUGAAAAGACAUCGAGGCUGUGAAUGUGAUAGUGCUGUGCCACUUCAAUGACAUUUCACCAAAAUAUAGAUAAUUAAGAUAGUUUUGAAUUCAUUUAUAUUAUUAUGCAUUUCUAAAUUUGUAAUGAAAUUGUUCCUUAGUCUUUUUGAUACGAUUGAGUAUGUUUAUAGGACUUUUUAAGUAAACAUUUAUAUUUGUAGAGUAAAAUUUUAAGACAAAAAUAGGGGCCAAUCAUGAUUGUUAAAAGGUAUGUCUGAUAAAGUUUAUUUGAUGUAAUUUAUAAUAGCUUCGGGUAUUAAAACUCCUCGGAGGUGAGUAAGAGAUGUUUAUGUAAGAGAAGUUAUUAAUUUGUGAAGUAACGAUACGAUAUGAUAUUGCUCAAAAUUUUGAUAUUAAAUUUAUAUGACAGUA